ACUGAACACGGCACGCAACCUUCUCCAUCAAGCCUAACAUAUUCAUGUAAAGCCCUUCCCUCCUUUCAUGUCUCUCUGAAAUUCAAUCAAGAAAUAAAAAAGAAAAAGAAAAGAAAUAAUCUUCUCCCUCUUCGCUUCUCUUCUCUUCUCUUCUCUUCGUAAGCCAUGACAACUGGAGAAUCUUCUGGAACCAAAUCUGACCAAGAAAUCUGGGCAAAACUCGUUCCAUCUGACUCAAGAUAUUCAGAUGUUGAGAUGAGGUCAAAUGAGAUGCUAAUAUCUUCUGAAAUCACAAGCUCUUCACUUGAGAAGCAUACAUGGUGCAAAAUAUCACGGACUCAGGACACAAAUUCAGCUAUUGUUCAUAACAUGAGUUCAAAUACAAUAAUGGUUGAUGAACUUGUUCUUGGGAAAGAAGAAUCUACAGCCAUCAAGUGUGGAAGUGAAAUUAUUCCAGGGCCAGAUCAAAAAGGGUACUUGAGUUUUAGUUUCAAAGUAUUGCCUACUCUGAAACAAUGCAAGAAUCAUGUCAAGAUAUCUUUAGAUGCUGAGCAUGCAAAAUGCAGCAUCUGCUUGAACAUAUGGCACGAUGUUGUAACUGUCGCCCCUUGUCUCCACAACUUCUGCAAUGGGUGCUUUUCAGAGUGGUUAAGAAGGUCACAAAAGCAACAAAAAGGUGUUCUCUGUCCUCAAUGUCGAGCAAUUGUACAUUCUGUGGGAAGAAACCAUUUUUUGCAUAACAUUGAAGAGGUUAUACUUCAAAGCAUUCCUUCACUAAUGCGUUCCAAUGAAGAACUGGCACUUCUAGACAAAUAUGCUUCAAUUAAAUCAAAUCUUGUCAUAGGGUCUGGAAAGAAAAUCCCUCGAAAGAGGCCGUUCUCACCAUCAAUUGAUGAUAGCCUUGGGAUGGAGAGUGUGUGCCCUCAAUGUGGCACAGAACUUGGUGGAUUCAAAUGCAACCAGACCACUUCCCAUCUCCAAUGUCAAGCAUGUUGGGGAAUGAUGCCGUCUAGACCUACUAUUGGUGUACCCCAAAAUUGUUUAGGAUGUGAUAGAGUAUUUUGUGGGGCUUAUUGGCAGGCUCAAGGUGUGGUUGCUAAUGAUUUUAACAUCAUUUGCAAUCGCGAGACAUUCCAACCGAUCUCUGAACGUACUAUCUCAAUAAUUCCUAGUUGUACUCACCAAAAUAAUCGGCAUGAGCAAGAUAUCACUGAAAGAUGCAUACAACAAAUGGGAAAUUCAUUGCAAGAUGUUAUCACAGAUUGGAUUGUAAAGUUGAACAACAGAGAAAUUGACCGUACAAGGAUGCCAAUUAAUCAUGCAGAUAUGAUAAAUGCUGGGACACACCUUUGCAUGGGUUGUUAUGAAAAGUUAGUUGGUUUUCUGUUGUACUGGUUUCGGAUUUCCAUACCUAAACAUCUUCUUCCACCUGAUGCAUCUAAAAGGGAAGACUGCUGGUACGGUUAUGCAUGUCGGACGCAGCAUCACAAUGAUGAACAUGCUCAGAAAAGAAACCAUGUGUGUCGCCCAACGAGAGGCAAUCCUGGUACAUAAUUUAUUUUUUUCCUUUUUUAAACAGAACCUCAGAAUUCUGUGGCCUAUAGUCUUUCUAUCUUAUCUCAUGAAACUGUUUAAGGGUUUUAAAAUAUAUUGUGACACUUUUUAUUUGAAAGGAUAAUAUUUGA